CGGAAUUUUGAACAGUUUAAAAACGUUAUAUGUUAAUUUACGGAAUAACCUGAUUUUAAACGACAAAUGUGUGCGUUUAAAUUUUUGUUGUGAUCUGUGUAGACUGUUUAUAAAAUACAUUUCUAAUGAUAAACGUAAUCUAGACAGGAUUAGUAUCAUUAAUAAACUUUCUAUUUUGUAAAACGAAUCAAUUGGAUGUGAAUUGAAUGACGCUGAACGACAGUUUUCUACAUACACUUUCUCCAAUACAUGAUUGGGUGACGGAAGUGUAAUAAAUGUGUUAAGUGAGUGAUGCGGUGCAGUGUAGUGUCACCACAAAUGCGGCGGCGACGGAUCCCCCCCACCGCCGUGCAGUGACCACGCAGCCAUGCUGACAAAGACGUUGUGGAUAUUCCUGACAGGAUGCUUCGCGUUCGGAUCACCUCAAAUACUGGACCUGCAGAACCUGCAGAACCUCCUACAGGUUCCGCGGCUCUGGUACGCGCGGACCACGGACCCCAAGGGUACCGAGGUGGCCAGGGCGUUCAUGGCCGCCACGGGGGACCAGGCCGUGAACUAUUACCUGGACACCCGCGGCCCACCCGCACCGUUCGCGAUCAACUCCCGCACUGGAGUCGUCACUGUCAAUGACACACUUAUCGAUAAGGAAAACCGAUCUUACUCAUUAUGGGUAUAUGCAGACGAUGGCGUGUUACCAAAAAAACUAGAAAUUUUGGCUUCAAUUACCGACGCUAGUGGGAAACAGAACAAAGUGGGACAUCCUCCACCUUUUCCUCCUAAUUUCCCAGAAAUCUUCACUGCUCCGCCUCUGAAACCGAUUCAAAGACCAACCAAAGUAACUGAAGAAGUUUUUGAAGAAACUACUGUACCUGACAUAACUACAACAACUGCGACAUCCGUUCAGACAACUGUUAAAAUAGAAGAACGUAACGAGACACACAAAUACAAUAUAAUAAAGGACAUAAACGACCCAACAGAAUCGCCUGAUGCAAAUAAUAAUGAUGUGUCAUUUGCUACUAUUAUACCAUUGAUUGCCAUCGGUGGACUAGUCCUUAUUGUAGUUGCAGUUAUUAUCUUCGUCUGGAAGAGGAAUCAUGGACAGAAGGAGCCGAGCAAAAAGGAAGAUAUGAGCAAAGACUCUACUGGCAUCGUCCUGCAAGAGCCAACCGUGAACUUGUGGGACCGGCCGCGCGCCUACUCCAACCGGUACGAGGCUUGGGACAACGGCCACUUGCAGUUAUCAGAAGAGACCACGAUCACGAAGGAUGAACCUAGCGAUGAGUGGGAGUUCCCGCGCCACCGACUCAGGAUCUUCAACAUUGUGGGCGAGGGUGCUUUCGGCCAGGUCUGGCGUGCUCAAGCCAUCGACAUCGAUGGUAAAAAAGGCGAGCAGACAGUGGCAGUGAAGACGCUGAAAGAGAAUGCGUCUGAGAAGGAGAAGACAGACCUCGUGCAGGAGCUAAUUGUGAUGAAGAACCUCGGUACCCACCCCAACGUUGUCAGGCUUAUAGGUUGCUGCACUGAAAAGGAACCAACCCUGGUAAUAAUGGAGUUUGUUAGCCUCGGGAAACUCCAACAGUUUCUGCGCGACUCUCGAGCCGAACGACACUACGGUAACACUCACGCCGGAAGCCAAUUCUUGACCUCACGAGACCUCACCCACUUCGCCUACCAGGUGGCCCGCGGCAUGGAUUUCCUCAGCUCAAAAGGGAUAAUCCACCGGGACCUUGCAGCGAGGAACGUGCUGAUCACAGAGGAGCGCAUGUGCAAAGUGGCCGACUUCGGGUUCGCGCGCGACGUGGCCGGCACGCACGUGUACGAGAGGAAGAGCGAUGGCCGCCUGCCUAUACGGUGGAUGGCUCCUGAAUCGCUGUACGAUGACAUAUUUAGUGUAAAAUCUGAUAUCUGGAGCUUCGGUGUUCUUCUGUGGGAGAUUGUCACACUUGGAUCAACGCCGUACCCUGGACUAUCAGCGGGUGAUGUCAUGAGAAAGGUCCGUGAAGGUCACCGCCUCGAAAAACCAGAGCAUUGUCGCCGGGAGCUCUACAACAUCAUGUAUUACUGCUGGGAGGCCGAAGCCUCCUCCCGGCCCGACUUCAAGGAAGUCGUCUCCAUGCUCGAACGGCUACUGUGCACAGAAACUGACUACAUCGAACUCGAGAGGUUCCCCGACCAUUCAUACUAUAAUGUGCAACAUUUGGACGGAGAGAAACUUUAGCAAUUUAAAUUUGGAACUGUGUGAAUAAGCGAAACCAAUUAUGAUAAUGUUAUGGAAAUUAACUGGGGCGUUUUUAUGCUGCAUGUCGUUGAGAUAAGCUUGGCUGUAAAGCGUUCAGUUCUAAAUAAACUUUCUUGUUGAUUAUAAAAGCAACUAAGUGUAGGUAACUAAAUAAAAUGAAGAUGGUGUUGUUAAUGAAGAUUCUGGCCUCAAUUGCUCUUUGGUUUUUGAAUGUUAGGUGUUUCAUAGAUGACUGGAUGAUUUAAUAACGUACCUAUGCAAAUUAACUUUCGAAUAAUUUUAAUACAUAUAUAUAUAACAUGCAGUUUCUACAAAUAACUUCAUAACCUGCAGGUUUUACUACACUGACUUUGAGUUUUAAAAAAUGGCCUAAGUAAGUAUAUUUGUGCGCAUGUUAACAUCUAACGGCAAAGAGAGACAUGAAGCUACCUUCCCCGCGUGGUGCACUGCCCUAGAAGGUCUCUUAGGUUAGGGUUCCUUAACAUGCACCCGGCGUUGAAAAUCCUGGCUUUCAACAGGGUCGUUGUCUAUUGUAAAAGCAAAGAAUUUAUUAAAGGCAUUUCUGAUGAUUCCUCGACCUGUUACACGCAGAUACAUCCGAGACUCCUUUUUUUUAAAGUAGCACAGCAUCUUCAUUGACGAUAACCAUCGUUCCUGUGUCGAGGUAUCCUUUGCAUGACGUCCAUUUCGUUUUUUCUGCAAUUUCGAGACCUUUUUACGCAUAAAGUGCGUCCAUUAGCGUCCACAUUAACAAAUAUAUUUUUUCUACAUAUUUAAUGGUUGUGGUUAAACUCUCCUUAACAGCGCCAAGUUUACGACAUAAAUCCUUUAUGGAACCAAACAUUGUGUUGUGCUGUGGUAAAAUGGGUUAAAAUCUGUUAUUUUUAUAUAAAUUUAAGUAAAUUAUGUUAAAAUUGUAUAACAUGUGAAGUGUAAUUAAAUUGAAAAAAAGUGUCUUGAAUGAAAUCGAAACGAAACUUAAAAUUCUUGCGAGCUUUUCUCAAUCUCUAAGCUAUAACAUGUAUUUUUUUGUAGCGAGGUCUACAUUAUUAUAUAACUGCAAAUAUUGUACCGUCAAUAGUGAUCUGGAUUCAGAAAAUGAGUAAAAAAAAGAAAACCCUUAUACAAUAUAAAUGAUAUCCAUAUAUCUAACAUUGGUCGAUAGCAAAUGGUUGGGUAACAAUGUAAAUUAGACAAAUAUUAGGUUAAAUGUAUAUGGCAAUGAAGUACAGAUUACUUACUUCUUAAGAUAAAAUUUAAGAUUUCGUUAUAAUUCCAUCCACGUAGUUGCUAGUCUUUAGAUAUAAGGAUGUAAUAAUAAGUAUAAAUUAAGCAUGCAUUAUAAAUAAUUGUACAGUUAAAAAAUAGCGUUGUGACGAUGGUUUUGUAAUUUAUGCACAUCAUGAAUAUACGUUUGUUUAAAAA